CAGUCUGACUCUCUCUCAGCUGGUGUGGAGAGCACGCAGCCUCGCUCCACUCUACGCUUGUUGUUUCAUACUUUUGGUGAACUUUUGGAGUGGUGCAGUGCGCAUCACCAGGGCUCGUGUGUGGAGACGCUUUGGGGAACACUUGAUGCGAUAAAAUGGACUGAAGCUUGCGAAGUGUGGAUAUUUUUUUUUUGAAAAACAAGUCUGAAGGUGCUUGUAGGACCAUGGAAGAAGAACAAGACGGGCAUCUGGAGAACGGAAUCCACGCCGCUAAGGAUUCUGACCGACAGCAGCGACUCAGGCUUUGCGUUUUGAACGAAAUCAUCAACACCGAGAGGGAUUACGUCCGGACAUUGCUUUUCCUCCAAUCGGCCUUUUUAGAAAGAAUCAGACAAACACCAGAUGAUCAGCAGUGUCUUGCACCUGAACAUGUCAAGAUUCUGUUUUCAAAUAUUGAGGACAUCCUGGAGUUGCACAAAGAAGUCUUAUCAGCGAUAGAAGCCAGUUUGCUGCCUGAACCCCAACCUCACAAUGCACUGGGACACGUCUUUCUACAGUUUAGGGAGAGUUUCUCUGUCUACGGCGAGUACUGCAGUAACCAUGAGAAAGCACUGCGGCUACUCAUGGAGCUCAACAAGGUUCCUCACAUCAGGACCUUUCUGCUGCAUUGCAUGCUACUGGGAGGAAAGAAAAGCACAGAUAUCCCACUGGAGGGCUACCUCCUCACACCCAUCCAGAGGAUCUGCAAAUACCCACUUCUCCUGAAGGAGCUCCUGAAGCGAACCCCUAAAAAACACGCAGACUAUCCUGCAGUGGAGGAGGCUCUGCAGGCCAUGAAAGCUGUCUGCUCCAACAUCAACGAGACCAAGAGGCAAAUGGAGAAACUGGAAGCUCUGGAACAGCUGCAGUCCCACAUAGAGGGCUGGGAGGGAACUAACUUGACAGAUAUCUGUACAGAGCUCCUACUUCAUGGAAAUCUACUGAAAAUCUCAGCAGGAAACAUUCAGGAACGCGUCUUCUUCCUGUUUGACAACCUUUUAGUUUACUGUAAGAGGAAGUCCAGGGUCUCUGGAAAGAAGUCCACCAAGAGGACCAAGUCUAUCAACGGGCCCCUGUAUGUGUUUAGGGGCAGGAUCAACACGGAGGUGAUGGAGGUGGAAAAUGUGGAAGAUGGAACAGCGGAUUACCAUAGCAACAACUACACAGUGACAAAUGGUUGGAAGAUCCACAACACAGCUAAAAACAAGUGGUUUGUCUGCAUGGCUAAAAAUGCAGAAGACAAGCAGAAGUGGUUGGAUGCCAUCUUGAGAGAGCGAGAGCAGAGAGAGAGUCUGAAAUUGGGAAUGGAGAGAGACGCCUAUGUAAUGAUCGCCGAAAAAGGAGAAAAACUGUACCACAUGAUGAUGACCAAGAGCCGGCACUUAAUAAAAGAUCGUCGGCGUAAACUAAGCAUUGUGCCCAAGUGCUUUAUGGGAAAUGAGUUUGUUUCCUGGCUGAUCGAAAGUGGAGAGAUCAGUAAAGCUGAGGAAGGGGUGAAUCUGGGACAGGCCUUGCUGGAAAAUGGCAUCAUCCACCACGUUUCAGACAAACACCAAUUUAAGAAUGAGCAGGUGCUGUACCGGUUCCGCUAUGAUGAUGGCACUUACAAGGCUCGCAGUGAGAUGGAGGACAUCAUGUCUAAGGGCGUUAGACUGUUCUGCCGCCUGCACAGCCUCCACACGCCUGUCAUCAAGGACAGAGAUCACCAUUUGAAAACAUUCAAGUCUGUUGUGCCUGCAACUAAACUGGUAGACUGGUUACUCUCACAGGGAGACUGCUCGACCCGAGAGGACGCCGUGACGCUUGGAGUGGGGCUCUGCAACAAUGGCUUCAUGCACCAUGUGUUGGAAAAGAGUGAGUUCAAAGAUGACUCCCAGUUUUUCCGCUUCUAUGCUGAUGAAGAGACAGAGGGAACCAGCGCUAAGAGCAAACAACUGCAGCGUAAUGACUUCAAACUCAUCGAGAACAUCCUGGUCAAGUCUCUGGUGAUUCACCCAGAGGAAGAGGACUAUGGCUUUGAGAUUGAGGAGAAAAACAAGGCUAUUGUGGUGAAGUCUGUCACCAGAGGCUCCCACGCUGAGAUGGCUGGUCUACAGGUGGGCCGAAAGAUCUACACUAUCAACGAAGACCUGCUGUUCCUCAGGCCGUUCUCUGAGGUGGAAACUAUGAUCAGCCAGUCCUUCUGUAUACGGAGGUCUCUUAGACUACUGGUUGCUACCAAAGCCAAGGAGAUUGUGAAGAUUCCUGACAAUCCAGACAGUCUCUCAUUUCGGCUGUCUGGCUCUGCUCCUCCUCAUGUGCAUGCUGUCCGAAAAGGAUGGGAGGCGGCAGGGGCGGGACUACAACCAGGCCAGGUCAUCCUCAAGGUCAACGGCAACAACGUAAACCUCAGCGACUGCCAGGAGGUCCUGGAGCACUUCAGUGCACACCACACACACCAGGACCAUCUGCAAGUGGGCAAGUGGGUUUACAGAGCCUUUGAGGACAUGGAGAAGCGACGAGACUCGGAGCAGAAGGAGGAGGGUGUGUUAAGGACAUAUCCUAUAGAAAAUGGCUCUGACCAUGAUGAAGAGAAUGGCACCAAUGGAACAGACUACCAACUCAGCAGACUUUCCUUGUCUGAAGACCUCCCAUCAGUCAGUUUAACUGUUGACAAUGUCCAUUUGGAGCAUGGAGUCGUGUAUGAGUAUGUCAGCACGGCCGGCAUUAAGUGCAAUGUCUUGGAGAAGAUAGUAGCACCAAAAGGCUGUUUUAGCCUCACUGCAAAGAUCCUCGAGGCGUUCUGUAAUGACGACAGCCUCUUUGUGCAUAACUGCAGUCAGCUCAUCUCCCAGAGCGACCGAGUGGUUACCAUGCCUCAGUUCGAGUUCAGACAGAUUUGUGACACCAAGCUGGAAAGUAUCCGGCGGCGAAUCAGUAAUUAUCAGCAGUUUGCUCUGGAGCUCGGAAACAAGGUGUGGCCGUCCUUCAGACAGGCUGGAGUACGUCCGCACAGUCUGGGCUGCAUGGACUUUGUACCCACCAACUGCCAUGUAAACCUAAUGCAGGUGUCCUACCCAAAGAGCGCAACGUCGGCUGGCAGAACAUUCAGCAUCCGAUUUGGCCGCAAGAACUCCAUCUUUGGGUUGGAUCCUGAUCAAGCCCAACUGAAUCCCAUGUCCCACACGCAGCACUGUGUCACCAGCAUGGGAGCUCCAUCCUGGACCUGCAGUGGUCUGGAGGGGGAGGAAGGGGAGGACACUGGGGAGGUGCUGUUAGAUGGAGAGGAUGGCUGUGUGAACGGUAGAAGGAGCCAAGGAGAGGGUGGACUGAGUAACCUCCUCAAACAUGAAGACACAGAGAGCCAGGACAAUUACAUUCAGCUUUACAGUCGCCUGGAUGUGGCAGUGCGAGAGAUGAAGCUCUAUGUGGCUCAAAUUGAUGUCCUGUUAUCAUCCAUCACCGAGCCAACGCAGCUCCAGGGGGACAGUGGGGACCCUUCAGUAUAUGAGCCCAGCCAGCCCCCCUCUAUGGCCCCAUGUGAGGAUGGCUGUGACCAGGACAAGGUGGAGCAUGGAGGCAUCAAGAGGGUCUGCUUCAAAGUGAAUGAAGAAGACCAGGAGGACUCGGGCCAUGAUACCAUGAGCUACAGAGACUCAUACAGUGAGUGCAACAGCAACAGAGACUCGGUCCUGUCCUACACUAGCGUGAGGAGUAACAGCUCGUACCUUGGCAGUGAUGAGAUGGGAUCAGGCGACGAGCUGCCAUGUGACAUGAGGAUUCCAUCAGACAAGCAGGACAAACUACAUGGCUGCCUCGAGCACCUCUUCAACCAGGUUGACUCCAUAAACAAUUUGCUGAGGGGGUCAGUCAUGACUAAAGCAUGUGAAGAGACAAAACACUUUUACUCUGACCACAGCCAGCCAGAGUUUCGACACACAGAAGACUGGACGGUUCGCUGUCGAUACAUAAUCCAUAAAAACAUCCAAGAGGACCCCUGGAAUCUGCCCACGUCCAUCAAAACGCUGGUGGAGAGCCUGCAAAGAUUUGUGGAUGAGGGAAAGAACCAGCUUCUCCUGGCCUUGCUCAAGUGUACAGACACGUCUCUACAGCUGCGGCGGGAUGUGAUCUUCUGUCAGGCUGUGACUGGAGCCCUGUGCACAUUAGCGGAGCAGCUAUUAGCAGCUCUGAGGUGUAGGUUCAACAACGCCGGAGAGUAUCAGGAAGACUGCAAAGAGACCAGCCGCAAGUGGCUAGAGCAGAUCUCUGUCAUUGGAGUCCUACUGCAUUUCCAGUCCACUCUGGCGCCCCAUGUGAAAGAGGAGCGGACCAUGCUGGAGGACACCAAGGCUGCCCUGUUGGACCUGGACAAAGUGACUGUGUUCUUCAGACAGAUGGAGGACGAGUGUCUAGUUGCAAACACCCCAGUGUGUUACCAGGUGGAGGGCAGUCGGCAGGCCCUGAGGGUCACUCUGUAUCUCGACAGCUGUCACUUCAAUGAGCUGCCUAGCCGACUGCAGAAUGGAGGCAGCCUCAAGCUGCACACAGUGCUCUUUACCAGAGCUCUGGAGCGUCCUGAGGGAGUGUCCCAGGCCGAGUAUGUGAUGAUGGAGGAGUUCCAGCAACGCACUAACGCCGUCUCUCUGGAGAAGGUCAAAGCCUACUACCGCAGACUCCGGGGCUUUUAUUUGGAGAAGUCCAACCUGCCCACAGACUCCAACAGCACAGCAAUGAAGAUUGACCAGAUACUGGGCCGUGAAGUUAGAGACCUCCAGCCAAGCAUUUCAAAACUGCUGCGUCCCCUGAACACCCUUGAUGACCUGUGCCGUCUGAUGCAGUCCUAUGUGAAUGUGCGUCCCAAUGCCCAGGGUCACCCGUCAGGUGUCAGCGUUCUGUGUGUGUCAUCUGAGCUGUGUAACCGUCUGGGAGCCUGUCACAUCACCAUGUGUGGCACUGGCAUGCAGAGAUGCACUCUGAGUGUAACACUGGAGCAGGCUAUGAUUUUAGCUAGAAAUCACGGACUUAUUCCUCGCUGCAUCAUGCAGACCAUGGACAUCAUGCGCAAACAGGGAGCCAGAGUGGAGCUCUCUGCUAAGAACCUCAAGGUAAUGGACCAGAUGCCUCCCUCAGCUCCAAGGCUUUUCAAGCUGUGUUUACCACCGUCUGAUGGAGAACUUUAAGGAUUCAGGAGAAAAGUGACUGAAACAGGAAUGCAGCUUUUUAUCAAGAGACACUGCCAACCCCAAAUGCACAGGGACCUAUCCAGCAUGAAACCACUAGAUAUUUGGGUUAAUAUCAUGCAAGCAUUUUGAUCAUUUUUGAAUGCCAGUUCAUAUAAGUACCUCCACUGGAUUUAACUACACAAAGAAGAUAUAUGUGCCAGUUUUAAUCAGAAGAUGUGUGUUAAAUUCUAGCUGGAUUAACUUCAAUUUCCUAUGCGCUAAUCCUGAAUCUUCAUUUCGCCUUGGACUGCAAAGUUUAAAAAGGGUCUCAUUUCUCUUUGAUGGACUUGGUGUUCAUCAGGGUGCCGUAUUAGGACCUUCUGACUACUUGAAUGCCCUUGUAUUCAUGUAUGUGUUAUAACGUAAUAGAUUUAGAAAGCUGAAAGAAAGUAGGGAAGGAAAGAGAGAUGGGAGACUGAGUGAUAGACGGUAGAGGGCUAGGGGGCGGCCUGAUGCAUGUGCUGGCUGUGCAAUUACUGUAGGUUUGUGUCAGUACUGUAUUACUGCACUAUAUAUGAAGGAUAGUUAUUUAUUAUACUGGGAAGGAGCCUGUUGCUUCUCACGUAUACUAUUUCAGGUAUCUAAAGGAUCUAAAGCAUUCCAGCCGACGUAUUGAACAGUAUUUAAAGGACCAAUGGCAUGCUGCCUGUGUAUUUCUAAUUAUUUAUGUCUUAGUUCAAUGAUGUGGAAGUGUUACAUUCAAGCAUUGUUAAACAAAAAAACAAGCUUCUGGUAAAGGAAGGGUUCUUCCGUAACCAGAUAGAAGCAAGAAUUCAAGAAAGUACAAAAUUAGAUUUUUUUUCUUUCUAUUUUCUAAAAUAUUUUUAAUAAGCUUAAGCGACCAUGGGACACUCCCAAGGUUUUUGAAGAAGUCAUUAACAUUUCACAUUUGCAAACUCAAUUAAAUUUGAUUGUAUUCAUAGAACAUCGCCACAGUCGUAUUGGACCAUCUGUGCUGCAAGUCCUUUUUUUAAGUUUUAAUUUUCAUUAAAAUGGCAUUCAAUUUAUUUUUAUUUCAAAUACAGUACCAUUAUUAUGACAUUUGAUAGAUUUACAAGGAGAAGUUAAUCAAAAUAAGAGCAAUGGCAGAUUAGUAUAGAUGUUGUAUAAUGUAAUUUAUUGGCCUAGUGACAAAGUAACUGUUAAAUUAUUAAUAUAUUAGUUUAACUAACUGAAGGAUUUCCUUCUAGUGACUGGCAUUUUUAAAAUGGUCUUUCAUAUGACCAGGAGAAAGGAUGUAUGCUUAUAGCUAAAUUCCAGUUGCAUGUCGGAAGAAUUUGAUGAACUCUAGCUAUGAAUAUUUAAUCACAUUUACCUGGUCUCCCAUGAAACUGUCCUUCUACUCAAAAUCUUAAUGAGUACAAGGUUUGGUCUGAUCAAAUCAGUGUUAGAAAAAAGUACUGUAAUACAUAGGAUGUUGUAAAGAAAGGGACAGAAUUUCAUUUUACUGAAGAUUUUAAUUUCUUGUAAAUAGAAGCGCGAAACUGUCUUACAAUGUUAUAACUUAAACCGGAUUAUUUUUAUGCAGAUUAUAUUGAGUAUUUUAAACAGUUUUUUGUAUUGGUGACUGAGCAGCUGUUUUCUCAAAUGAACAUAACUUAACUUACAAAUGUUCAGUUUGGGACUUCAGCUGCCAUGCUGCAUCCAUUAGGUACUCAGUCCUUUUUAAUUUAUUUCUCAGCAUGUAGUUCUCAACUUGGUGCACAAGCAUGGUCAGUCGCCUCAUCUUUCCUCAAAAGCUCUUAAUAUGAGAGGUCAUGACCUGGGCUAAUGACUGCAGCAUGGACAAACAGUCACUGAUUAUGUUUGUAUUGACAUGAUUCUAAUGUUGGAUUAUUGUACAUACUUUAUUUGCAAUUUUAUUUUGCCUGAAAAUAACUGUACAAAGAAAACUGUUGAAUCUUUCUAAAAUGAUCAUUGUAAAUGCAUCUUAACAAUAUAGUAAUAAAAUGUUCACA